UUUCCACCACUGACGUCCUGAAAAGAGGAGCAUAAAACCUUUGGAGAGUUACAGAGAAUGUCAUUUAGUGCUGGAGAAAUAAACCCCCCCACACGCGCACACACGCAGCCAGUGAUGGAGGAGCACCAGAACGAGGCGCUGAUUCAGCGCGUGCCAAGCCAGGAGACCGUCGUCGGCCGCGGAGGGAACUCUAAUGGAAAGGCUCUGAAGGUGGCCGGCCUCACGGUCCUGGCCUGUCUUCUGCUGGCGGGACAGGCGCUGACCGCGUACCUCGUCUACGGUCAGAAGGAGCACAUCAGCGCUCUGUCCGCCGGCCAGGAGAAGCUGAAGGCGGAGCUCACCAAAAGAUCUUCUCCUCCGAAGGCGGCGAUGCAUCUUCCCAUGAAGAGCAUGACUCUGCUGAAGGAGUACCCUGACGAGUCGGACCCAAGCAAGAAGAGCAGCGUUCCUCUCACUAAACUGCAACCAAUUUUCACAAACCAGAGAGAGGGCAGCGGACAGCUGGAUGCUUACAGAGUGAUGCCGAAGAGGAUGCAGCUGCCGAGGAAGAGCCUGCCCAUGCUGAUGGAGGAGGAGACGAAGAGCUCUCCUGAGUCAGACUUGGAGGUUCAGAGUAAGUGUCAGCUGGAGUCUCAGAAGGAGGUGAGGCCGGGCUUCUUCAAGCCUGAGUGUGACGCUCAGGGCAACUAUCUGCCCAUGCAGUGCUGGCACAGCACCGGAUACUGCUGGUGUGUGGAUAAAGACGGAGAGGAGAUCCCAGAAACACGCAUCCGCGGACGCCCCCAGUGCAGCUAAGAUGCUGAGCUUUUCGAGUGAAGCAUCUCGUCCAGCAAUAAACUCCAGUCUUCUUACCUGUCAUUAGUUUCAGCUCCUGACGAUCAGUUAGUCCAUACACAUGAUAUAGAUGGGAAUAACCCAAUAACCUUCCUACUGAAGAUCUCACAUAAGCAGCAUAUUAGAGCUGGUCUAACCCUUAUUCUAAUAAUAUCUAUAAGGCCUCUGUGUGAUACCAUUUCUUUUUUUCUUUUUAACUCACAGCAUGUUUGUUAGAGGUAAACAUUACAGUGAUUACGACUGUAAAUAAACACAUGCUGUUUCCAAA